UCUUGCGACGAGAGCACAGAUCUUUGAGAUAUUAAAACUUUGAAAUAACAAAGGAGAGCCGGUAAACUUCGGUCGGCGAUAUUUGGGGCAGAAGAGUUGUGUGGUGUUGCAGUAACCCACAUUAAAGGUGUAAAUAAAUGACAGUAUACAGAAGUGAGUCACUGGAGGCUGAAAAUAUUGUGAGACAAGAAGGAAUUUGAUGCAAGAUGAGGUUAGUUAAUGCCGAGAAAUUGUCUCAGUUGCAAACAAAAACUGAUCACAUACGCAAUAUAUGUAUCAUUGCACAUGUAGAUCAUGGGAAAACAACAUUAGCAGAUUCACUAGUUGCUAGUAAUGGGAUAAUCUCACCGAAGAUGGUAGGAAAACUCAGGUACAUGGACAGUCGUAAAGAUGAGCAGGAGAGGGGAAUUACAAUGAAGAGUAGCUCCAUUGCUCUCCUGUAUACUAUAGGCAAAGAAGAAUUUCUUGUGAAUUUGAUUGAUUCACCUGGCCAUGUAGAUUUUUCCCUGGAGGUUUCAACAGCUGUUCGGCUAUGUGAUGGAGCUAUAGUUGUUGUUGAUGUAGUUGAGGGAGUUUGUCCUCAAACAAGGGUUGCUUUGAGACAAGCAUGGCUCGAAAAUAUUGUUCCAGUCUUGGUGCUGAAUAAGAUUGAUCGACUCAUUCUGGAGAUGAAGUUGUCUCCAUUAGAUGCUUAUGUGCAUCUGACACAAGUACUUGAGCAGGUGAAUGCAGUGGUGGCACAGUUGUUUACAACAGAAAUCCUUGGAAAAUCUGCAUCAGAUUCAUCUUCUGUAACUAUUGGAGGCCUCUAUGACUGGACUACAGGUCUGGAAGAUAUUGAUGACUCAAAUAUUUAUUUUUCACCGGAGAAAGGGAAUGUUGUCUUUGCAAGUGCAAUUGAUGGAUGGGGCUUCAGUUUACAUGACUUUGCAUCUUUGUAUGCAAAAAAAUUGGAAAUUUCUGAGGAUGAACUACUGAACUGUCUUUGGGGAGACUACUACCUCCAUGGUAAAACACGUAAACUGAUGCCUGGAGCUCAGGAGAAAGCAAAAAAACCUAUUUUUGUGCAGUUUGUGUUGGAGAAUAUUUGGUCAUUGUAUGACACCAUUAUUGUAAGAAAGGAUAAGGAACGACUGCAAAAGAUUUGUGAGAGUUUGAAUGUCAAAUUAACGACUAGAGACUUGCGUCAUACAGAUGGCAAGGUACAGCUACAAGCAGUCUGCUCUCAGUGGUUACCUCUCUCUUCAGCUAUUCUUGAUAUGGUCUGCACGAAGUUACCUUCACCAUCUCAUAUUUCUCAGGAAAAAGCAGAAAAACUUAUGUGUUCACACACACAGAGGUUUGACACACUUCCUGUACCAACACAAGCCCUACGAUCUGCUUUUAUGGACUGUAACAGCAGCAAGGAAGCCCCACUUAUUGUUUUCGUGUCAAAAAUGUUCCCUGUGGAGAGGAAAAAUCUUCCUGAAAACCAAGCAAGACCUUUGACUGCAGAGGAAAUAGCACAACGUCGCGAACAAGCAAGACAUAGACAUGCUCAAAAAUCACUUGCAGAAGUGGAUUCAGAAGGAAUGAGGCCACUAAGUGACACUGAAGCACAACAAACAAAGAACAAAGAGGAUACAGAGGACAUUAAAGUUGAAGACACUAAACCUGGUGGGCAAGAAAGUGAAGAUGUAUUUAUGGCAUUUGCAAGGGUAUAUAGUGGUACAUUAAAAGUUGGAGAAGAUGUCUUUGUCUUGGGACCCAAGCACAACCCACAGACAGCACUAGAAAAGGAAGAAAAUAAGGAAGAAGUGGAUCCUAGUCUCACCUUGAAGGAUUUGAAACCUGGGCAGCACUUAACAAGAGCUCGGAUUUGUCAGCUGUACAUUCUCAUGGGACGAGAGUUAAUGCCUGUAACAGAAGCACCUGCAGGAAAUGUAAUAGGUAUCAGUGGUUUAGAGGAACACAUCCUGAAGUCAGCAACAUUAAGUUCCACUGUUGCUUGUCCUGCAUUUACAGAGCUGUUAGUGAGUGCUGCUCCUAUUCUCCGAGUUGCUGUAGAGCCAGCACACCCACAGGACAUGCCAGCUCUAGUCAAUGGCUUGAAGCUGUUGAAUCAAGCUGAUGCAUGUGUUCAGGUAUUUGUGCAGGAAACAGGUGAACAUGUGCUAGCCACUGCUGGAGAAGUUCAUUUAGACAGGUGCAUAAAUGAUCUCAGAGAAAGGUAUGCAAAAGUGGAAAUAAGUGUCUCUGAACCAAUAGUUCCUUUCCGUGAAACUGUUGUGGAACCACCAACAGUUGACAUGGUGAAUGAGGCCAUAAUAGAGCAAAGUAGUGCUUCUAGGAAAGAAGUUGGUGCUAAUGAAGACGGAUCUGUGGUAAUCACAACAGCAAAUAAACAGUGUACAGUGAAAAUCAAAGCUGCACCACUACCAACUGAAGUGACACUAUUACUAGAGGAAAACUCAGAGUUGCUCCGAGCUAUGGACCAUAGCUUAGCUGCAGGAACUUUAUCAGGGCGGACCAUUGAAACAAUAAAACUUUUACGUAAGAGGCUGGAAGAUGCUUGGAACAAGAAGUCUAUUGAUUCUGUGUGGAGCCUUGGUCCCCGUCGCUGUGGUCCAAAUGUCCUUCUGAACUGUGUUGCUGGCUACAACCACACUUCUAUUUGGGAUCCUACACCACCUUCAGAGGUGAUAUCUUCAGAGUCAGACUCCAGGUCAGAACAUGAGAGCAGUUUUGUUAAUGGAUUCCAAAUGGCAACUUUAGCAGGUCCUCUCUGUGAAGAACCUAUGAUGGGGGUAUGCUUUGAAAUUCUGGAAUGGAGUAUAAAGGCUUCUCCAGUAAGCUCAGAUGUAACACAACCCUUUGGUCCAUUUUCUGGUCAGUUAAUGUCAGCAGUGAAGGAAGGCUGCAGAAAGGCAUUUCAAGCCCAACCUCAGAGGCUAAUGGCUGCUAUGUACAAAUGUUCCAUACAAGCAAAUGCAGAAGUGCUGGGCAGGAUGUACGCGGUGCUGGGCCGGCGGCAGGGCCGCGUGCUGCACGGUGACAUGACGGAGGGCUCCGCCUCCUUCACCAUCGAAGCCGUGCUGCCCGUCGUCGAGAGCUUCAACUUUGCCGCCGAGAUCCGCAAGCAGACAUCCGGGCUGGCCAGCCCGCAGCUCGUCUUCAGCCACUGGGAGGUGAUCGACAUAGACCCGUUCUGGCGGCCGAACACGGAGGAGGAGCUGCUGCACUUCGGGGAGAAGGCGGACUCGGGCAACCGCGCCCGCCAGUACAUGGACGCCGUGCGCCGCCGCAAGGGGCUGCCCGUCGAGCGCAAGAUCGUCGAGUUCGCCGAGAAGCAGCGCACGCUCUCCAAGAACAAGUAGGCGGCUGGACUGACAGCCGCACGUGAUCGCCUCGCGACGCUAAAAACAGCCACCAGAGACGUAUUAUACCAUACAUGUGUUGUUUUCUUUUUUUAUGAGCCUUUUGUACGAGAAAAUAACUUUUAAAUAAAUAUUGCUCAGCUUA